AUGUCUUCUUCCUACAGAAACAGCGCUAACUCCAACAAGUACACGGAGUUCGAUCCCGAGUCGGGCGACCUCUCGAGAAAGAAGUCGCUUGUCAAGCCAGAAAGAUCCAGAAUUGAUGCCAACCACCCGCGCUACCACUACACCCAGGUGGCCCAGCAGGAAGCCAACCACUUGAAGAUCCAACCGUCUUCUACAGGUUUGGACCCCCAGGUGCCUCACGAGAAUCACCUCAGCCCCUCGCACUCGUACCACUCCAAGAGAAAGUCCAAUAUACCCCAUAGCGACGAGGAUGACGACGAGGGAAUUCCGUUGAUGGAUAUCCAUGACGGUUCUCCUGGCGGAAGCAAGACUUCCCACAACAGCAGCGCCAAGGCUGAGGGCCGCGAGGUCUACGGCUUGAACGACGAGUACGGCUACAACACGCCUGCCAGAAAAAACGUCAUCUCCAAGCCCACCAAGCCUGUUGCUGAGGAAAAACCAAAGCAUGACAUUUACUUCUGGAAGGCCUACUGCUACGCCAUCACCUUCUGGGCGCCUGCGCCGCUCCUCAAGUUGUUUGGCCUCAAAACCAAGGACAGACAGUUUGCCUGGAGAGAAAAAAUAGGCUUAAUCACCUGUAUUCUAUACCUCGGAGCCAUCGUGGCCUAUAUUUGUUUCGGUUUCACCAGAACUGUAUGUUACGACAGCCAAGUUCGUACUAGAAACAACAGGGUCCCCAAAGGUUUUUUGAUCAUCAAUGGUAAGACUUACGAUUUGGACCGUUCCAGUCACCCUGCUGCUGCAGGUAUCCAAGGAGGAACCAACAUCUUAUACCCCCCAGUCGAUGCUGGUGGACGUGAUGCUUCUUUCCUCUUCCAAAACGUCAACGGUAACUGCAAGAACUUAAUCACCCCCAAGGAAGGUAACAGAAUUCCCACUGAUGGCGAUGACUUGGCCUGGUACAUGCCAUGUCGUACAUUUGCCCAGGACGGCUCCACUUCCCCAAACACCUCCCAGGUGUACUACGAUGGUUGGGCAUGUCACACAAGUGAUAGGGCUAGAUCUGCGUACUACAAUUUAAAAGCACACGGUGAUGUGUAUUUCACGUGGGAUGAUAUUAGAAACAGUUCUAGAAACUUGGUGGUUUAUUCUGGUAAUGUUUUGGAUCUUGAUUUGAUCGAUUGGAUUUCGAAAGAUCAACUCAACUACCCCGAAUUGUUUGACCAAUUGAAGGAUGACAAGACCUUCUCGGGUCACGAUAUCUCCCUAGUGUUGACUAACUCUGCCCAAAGACAAGCUGCUAGAUGUUUGACUGAAAUCGUCAAGGUUGGUACCAUCGAUUCAGACACCAUUGGAUGUCUUGCUUCCAGUGUCGUGUUGUACUUCUCGUUAAUUUUCAUCUUGGCCGUUGUCUUUGUCAGAUUUAUUUUUGCCUGUUACUACAGAUGGGUAGUAGCUAGAAAACAAGGUGUUAGCACCAUGGACGCCAAGUCAUGGGCCAAGAGAAACAAGCAAAUUGAAGAUUGGCUGGAAAAUUCAGGAAACCCCGUCGGUGCUAUAAAAGAAGUUCCAGUUAAGGCUAGAGCCAACUAUAAGGCAAGCAAGACCAAUAGACAGAGUAUUUUCGUCAGAUCCAACAUCAAGUUGGAUGCUCCAGAGUUGUCACAGUACUACGACCAUCCAGAAAAGUUAUCCAAAUCGUUUCAAUACACCACCAUGUCGACACAAGCCGCCUUGCUUGGAAGUUCUAAUCUUAACUCGAAGAGAAAUGCCAUGAAGUCAACAGGUACUAGGCAAUCCACACUUUAUUUGAAUGAUCACGGUUCUUCUUCUGACUUAUUAGGUAGACCCACUUCAUCCUACAAUCCAUUCAAUACUUAUGAAGACUCAUAUCAAGUUAACGGUUUAUCACCAGAUAUUAUUCACCCAGACGUGGUACCUCAACCUCCUGUGGAAUAUCAACCUUUUGCCUUCCCAUUGGCACACACAAUCUGUCUUGUUACCUGUUAUUCUGAAGAUGAGCUGGGUUUGCGUACCACGUUAGACUCCGUUGCCACUACUGAUUUCCCAAACUCCCACAAGUUAAUGCUUAUUGUCUGUGAUGGUAUUAUCAAAGGUUCUGGUAACGAUAGGACCACUCCUGAUAUUGCCUUAGGUAUGAUGUCCGACUUUACUAUUCCUGUUGAUGAAGUCCAACCUCACUCUUAUGUUGCAGUUGCGCAAGGUUCAAAACGUCACAAUAUGGCCAAGGUUUACGCCGGAUUCUAUAAAUAUGACGAUAACACUGUUCCCCCUGAAAAGCAACAAAGAGUUCCAGUUAUUACUAUCGUUAAAUGUGGUACUCCAGAAGAAGCAGGAUCCGCAAAACCAGGUAACAGAGGUAAGCGUGAUUCUCAGAUCAUUUUGAUGUCUUUCUUGCAGAAGGUUAUGUUUGAUGAAAGAAUGACUGAAAUGGAAUACACAUUGUUGAACAAUAUUUGGAGAGUUACUGGAAUGAUGGCCGAGUUCUAUGAAAUCGUUCUUAUGGUUGAUGCCGAUUCUAAGGUUUACCCUGAUAGUUUGACCCACAUGGUUGCAGAAAUGGUUAAAGAUCCUCUGAUCAUGGGUUUGUGUGGUGAAACAAAGAUUGCGAACAAGAGAGGUUCUUGGGUCACUGCUAUUCAAGUUUUUGAAUAUUACAUUUCACACCAUCAAUCCAAGGCUUUCGAGUCAAUUUUCGGUGGUGUUACAUGUUUGCCUGGUUGUUUCUGUAUGUACCGUAUCAAAGCACCCAAGGGUAAGAACGGCUAUUGGGUUCCAAUUUUGGCCAACCCUGAUAUUGUUGAAAGAUACUCGGAUAAUGUUGUUGAUACUUUGCACAGAAAGAAUUUGUUGUUGUUGGGUGAAGAUCGUUACCUUUCUUCGUUGAUGUUGAGAACCUUCCCCAAGAGAAAGCAAGUGUUCGUGUCCAAGGCUGCUUGUAAGACUGUUGUACCAGAUACCUUCAAGGUGUUGUUAUCGCAACGUCGUCGUUGGAUCAACUCUACCGUGCAUAACUUGAUGGAGUUAGUAUUGGUUAAGGAUUUGUGUGGUACAUUCUGCUUCUCCAUGCAGUUUGUUGUCUUCAUUGAUUUGGUUGGUACCUUGGUGUUACCAGCCGCCAUCUGUUUCACGUUGUACGUGAUUAUUGUUGCAAUUGUUUCCAAACCCACCCCUGUGAUGUCGUUGGUUCUCUUGGCUGUUGUGUUCGGUCUACCUGGUCUCUUGAUUGUGAUCACGGUGUCCUCGUUUGUCUACGUGGUCUACUUCUUUAUCUACCUUAUUGCAUUGCCCAUCUGGAAUUUUGUGUUGCCCGUUUAUGCAUUCUGGAAAUUCGACGAUUUCAGUUGGGGUGAAACCAGAGUUGUCCAAGGUGGUGACAAGGGUAACCACGGAGCCAGCGAGGGUGUUUUUGACUCCUCGCACAUUAUCAUGAAGAGAUGGAGAGAAUACGAAAGAGACCGCAGAAACCACGAGACUGCACUUGGCAUGCGUCCUGGUUCUGGCAUGGGCGGUGGCUUAAGUGUUCCCAGCGCCGCAUGGGACCCUGCCAACGCAGAAAAGCAUGUUGACGAGGACUACUCCGAGGGUUCUGGCUCAACUCCAUAG